CAGCUGUUUUUCCGGCAACCGCAUUUUGUAGGGCUUUCAUAACUACUUGUUUUUGUUUGUUUUGAAUGAAAUAGCCAUGUGGAGUAGGUCACAGGGCCUCUGGAGGAGAUUGGGCCACCAGGCAACCCGGUUACUGGGCCGCCAGCUGGGUACUACGGCAGUGGUGCCGGCCCGCAUCUUUGCCGAUCGAGAGAAUCAGUUUGCCCACAACAUUCUGACGGAAUCGCUGAAGCCCUACCAGAUUCUGAGGCCACUGCAAGAGGACAGACAGCGUCCGCCAACCGAUGGCUUCCUUCAAAGUCCCAGCAGCGAUGCCAGUCCCGACGAACUCUUCGAAAACUUCCUGGGCCUGGUCCAGUACUGUGCCGGGCAGGAUCUGCAGAUAAGUGAUGCCCGCUUCGAUGGAUUCGUUCGCUGCUACUGCGAGCAGCUGCAUCGCCUGACCGACGACCAACUGCUGGGAUCCCUGCGCGCCCUGUGCGAGCUGCCGGUUCCGGAAUCGACCAAAACCCGCAACUACAUGGAGCUGUGGAACACCCUGGACAUCGAGUGCUGUCGCCGCAUCGAACGGUGGAACAGCGCUCGGCUGCUGCUGGUGAGCGAUGCCUGGUAUCGGCUCGGGCUGGUCCGGAUCGGCGAGUACGUGUGGCUGGCCCUCAAGAAGCUGGGACGCCGCCUGCGAAAGCUGCCCCCCGAGCAACUGGUGCAGGCCAUGUUCCUCUGCAACCUGCUGCGCCGUCCCGUCUUCGAGAUGUUCGACUUUGAGCUGAAUCUGGCGCGCUGCGUGGACCAGAUGACGCUGGCCGAGCUGGGCGUGAUGGCGAUGGGCUUCUUCAAGACCCAGACGCCCAUCCGGAAUCCGGAGCUCCUCUCCCAGAUAUACGAGCGCCUCGGCCAAGAACUGGACACCGUCGAGGACAUACCCCUGGUGGCCCUGCUGAAGGUUUUGCGGUACAGCAGCAAGCUGCCCCAGGUGGAGCCGCUGAAGAAGCUCCUCGCCGCCCUGGAGCCGCGCGUGGAGCACGUCUCGCUGCUGGCCUGCCUGCACAUCGCCCUCCUGGGCUGCGAGCUGCAGACCUGCAACGAUGCGCUGGUGGAGCGCAUCCUGCUGCGCUUCGAGCGCGAGUGCGAGUCGGCCCGGCUCAAGGAUCUGGAGCGUAUCUGCCUGGUGAUGGCGCUGUUCAACCUGAAAACGGAGUCGGGCGUGGAGCGCCGGCUGGCGGAACGAUUCCCGGACCUUCUGCGGCAGCGUCUGGACGAGAUUGUGCGGUAUCCCCGUUGCUUCACCAACUGCCUCCAGUUCCUCAGCAUGCGCGGCGUCUACGAUGCGGAGCUGCUGGGCGUGGCUCUGGAGCGGCGCUUCCUGCACCACGCCUACAAGAACGGCCUGCCCGGCAGGGAGUACUUCCACCUGGACGGCUUUGCCAGACUCCUGGGCCCUGGGGAGUACCAGGGCGCCCUGCUCACCGACCGCCAGUUGCAGCAAAUGGGCCGCCUGUACACGCAGUACAUCCCGAAGAGCGACGGACGCUUCAAGCUGAACGUCACGGACCGCAUUCUGUUGGAGAUCAAGGAGGCGACCUCACAGAUCCAUCGGCCCCUCACCUUCAAGCACGUCCUGCCGCACUAUGACCGCUGUGAUUUGGUUCUCUGCUACGACCGUCGUCAAGGCAGAGCCCUGCCCGUGGCGGUGAGUCCAGCCACGGAGGACUACAGUGGCGUUAUCCUCACCAGGCAGCACCUGCUGGGCGAGGGCAGGGCUGCAGAUGACCAGUUGGCCACGGUGGUGAUUGUAAUAGCCGGCUGGAACAACGUUAUUCGCGACAAGGAUCGCUUCACAGGACAAAUGGACAUGAAGGUGAAGCAGUUGAGGCAACUGGGCCAUGAUCCUGUGGUGAUCUAUUGGCAUGAGUGGCGGGAACUGGAAACGGCAGCAGACCGUCAGGACUUCCUCAAGCGUCGCCUCAGCCAGGUGGCCAGGAUAUGAGGAUGCCAUCCGGACAGCAGAACAGCAGGACAUUGGAAUGAAGAACAAACACAACUCGGGUUUAAGUCAGUCAUAAUAAUUAUCUGAACAAUUUACACAGGCACAACACUACGAGCUAGGAAUUUUCUAGUGGAAAAAAAUGGAUUAUUAAUUAUAAUAAUUUUUUUGUUAA